AGUGAAUCAAAUAGAAUGUAAGGUCAUAUUUAAUCUUUGAAUUGCUCUGGCUAUCACGUCAAAAGGUCUUUCUCAGACAGAAACAGCACAAAUGGAAGGAUAUAGAUAUAUCUGAUAGAACUACCAAAUCUUUCUUCACGAAAAUACGAAAGUCUCGAACUUUUGUUCGCCAUUCGGAGACCCAGUUGCCGGAACUUACAGAUUGAGGUGAGGCGAGUGGGUUUCUGGUGAAGAAUGGCAUUGGAAAGCGAGAAAAUGGGGUCUGAUGGGAAGGUUUGGAAUCUCUGUAGAAUGCCGUUUUGGCAAACGAGCCAUGCUUCUUCUGCUGCUUCCUCCACUUCCUCUAUGCAUUAUGCUCAUCAUCAACAGAACGUUAAUCUUCAGUCCGGUGAUAGAUCGACUCAACAUCAAUCUUCCAGUACGGUUUCCUCCAUGGCCAAGUCACUACUCCCUACAAGGAAGAGGCUACGUCUUGAUCCUCCCAACAAGCUCUACUUACCCUAUGAGCCGGGAAAGCAAGUUAGGAGCGCUAUCGAAAUAAAAAACACUAGCAAAUCUCGUGUGGCUUUCAAGUUUCAAACCACUGCACCCAAGAGUUGUUUUAUGCGCCCCCCAGGUGGUAUACUCGCACCUGAUGAAAGCAUAAUUGCCACUGUAUUCAAGUUUGUUGAGCCACCCGAGAACAACGAGAAGCCAAUUGAUCAAAAGAGCAAGGUUAAGUUUAAAAUUAUCAGCUUAAAAGUGAAAGGCGAAAUGGACUAUGUACCAGAACUGUUUGACGAACAAAGGGAUCAAGUUGCAGUAGAGCAAAUUCUGCGGGUUGUAUUUUUGGAUCCUGAACGUCCUAGCCCUGCCUUGGAUAAACUUAAACGACAAUUAGCUGAGGCUGAGGCUGCAUUGGAGGCGCGAAAGAAGCCACCUGAGGAGACAGGUCCACGAAUAGUUGCAGAAGGAGUAAUAGAUGAAUGGUGCCUUGAUUAUUUUGUUCAAGCUCUCGAUGAUGAACCUAACAACUAUUUUCUUAGAAUCUUGCUUCAUCAACCUGAGAACAAACCCCUGAAAGAUAGCAUUGAAUUUUCCGGUAAAAGUAAUGAUUUCAACUAUUGA